AUGUCCGCGAAGGUAACCGAAAUGGAAGUGAGUGAGCUUCCUGGAAUGGCUGGAGUAUAGAAGUUUCGUCAGGACACGGCUUUGUACAUCUUCAGUUGAAUGGCGUGGCGAUUCCACAAGGGGUUCUCCAGCCGGCCAAAGGCUUUGCUGACUUCGUAGAUCCAGUGGGUCAUUUCGUCGUCGAUUCUGAUGCAGCGUGACGUUGUUCUUCCUAGGUAGUUGAAGUUAUCCACGGUCUUCAGUUUCGUGCCGUUGAGGUGGAUGCGAGGGACUCUGUAUUAAGCGGUCGCUGGCUGUUGAUGCAUUAUCACCGUCUUAUCCGUAUUGAUGGUCAGACCGAGGUGGGCGCAACCGGGGUCGAGGAGGUCCAUGCUCCGUUAAAUGUUUUCUUCGGUCGUACCGCUGAAUGCGCUGUCGUCAGCGAAGAGCAGGUCGUGGAUAGUAGUUUUGGAGAGCCGCGGCGUUGCCUGCGCUCGCCACCUGUUAUGAAGGCGCCCGUCGGUCCUGUAGUCAAUGCGGGUCCUGGAGCGCUCAUUACGGUAGGCACCCACCAGCAUGGCAGAAAACAUGAGGCUGAAUAGUGUGGCAGCGAGUACGCAGUCCUGUCGUCACGUGCACCCUUAUCUCGUCAUGGAGCUGGCGUACCAUGUGCGUGAGUUUCUAGAGGCAGUGGAACUUCUGCAUGUUUUUCCCAAAAUCCUCAGCGAUUCACCGUUUUGAAGGCUUUCGUCGGGUCCACGAAGGUGGGAGGCAAACACCAUAUUAGUGGUGUCCCGGUGUUGCCGAAAUUCACGCCGACUUUCCGACAGAAGUCCUUGCUCUAGGUGGUCGUUGAGCGGGCAAAGAUCUUCUCAGAAGAUGAAGAUGCGAUCACUGGGACAAGAAGUUUAUUUGCCUGACGUUUCGGAUUCUUACUCGAACUCAUCAUCAGAGACAUUCGCAGAUAGAGGUGAAGGUGGCACCAGGAGUGCAGUAUUUAUAGCACGUGGCUGCCGUGGGACCGUAUGCGCACUGCAAUUAACAGUUCUCACAAUCGCCGCUGGGGUCGUAAUUGAUGCGGCGGUGGCUUGGCGGUCCGAGUCCGAGUGGUUAAUUGCCGCGAUUUCGUCAUCCGUGCUCGAUGCUGGUGUGACGAUUGCUCGGCAAACUGGCUCACUGUCACCGUGAUAAUUGCUCACCCGCGCCCUCCCCACGUGACUGAUUCUCCUGCCCAGGGAAAAUCGCAAUACGGAAUAGGCCACCGGGAGGUCAUUGUGUUUGUUGAUGGAUUGCGGCCCUGAGAACCAUGAAUCGAGCAGCUCGCGGCUCACGCGGUUGUCACCCCUUGCGAGGAUUUCGGCCUCUUGAAAUUUGAAAUUAUGGCCGGGUCCCGUCGAGUGUGCCGCCACCUGAGAGUUAGCGUCUCCCCGCCUCACUGCUGCUGCGUGCUCGGCAAGUCGCGUACGGAGUAAUCUCCCAGUUUCUCCGACAUAAUUGCUUUGUCCGCAACUACACCAGAUCCGGUAAACGACUCCAGACGUUUCCUGCCGUGGCAGCGGGUCUUUUGGCCUCAUGACUUGGCGCCUAAUGGUUGCUUCCGGCCUGUGUGCAACCCCAACUCCAAGUGGAGUGAGAAGACGACUGACGGCUUCCGAGACGUUCUUCACGUACGGAAGAGCCCGCCAAAAUUUGGGGCUAGUUGGAUUUGGUCUCUGGUGUCCUUUUCGUAUGCACUGGUUGACAAAGUUGCGCGGGUAGCCAUUGGCUCUCAUCACCCGUCGAAGAUAUUGUAAUUCAGCAAACUUGUCUUCCAUUUCACUGCAGUACGUCUCAACACGCGGGUAUAGCGCCCUUACGCAACUGCGUUUGUGACUGAUCGGGUGGUUGCUAUUGAAGUUCAGUAUUUGCGUCGUAUUUGUCGCUUUCCUGAACCAAAGCGAAACAUGGAAACCAAGUUUGCUAAAUUAUAGCCCCGUCGAUAAGUAAAGAGACCAACCAACAUUGAUCCCAAACCUUGACGAGCGUUCCCGUACCUUAGGAACGACUAGGAAGACGUCUGUCGCUUUCCCACACAACUCGCGGUUGGGGCCGCAUACAGACGGGAGGUAACCAUUAGGUGCCAAGUGAUGAGGACUAAACGUCCGAUACCACAGUUGGAAAUCUCUGCAGUAGUUAAUCAGAUUUGGUGCCGUCUCAGGCAAAGCAACUGUAACAGAGAGACGAGACAAGUACUCCGGACGUGGAUGGUCAAACACAUAUGGGCAAUGAGUGGACUGAGUCGCAGUUCACUCAGGACGACUUGGCAACACCUUAACUUUUAACAAAACCGAAAUCCCCAUGACGGACACCAACCGCGUGAUUCGCGAUCUGCUGGCUAUGAUUCUCCAGCGCGCAGUAAAUCAGCAAGUGCAAUCACUCCCCGACUCUCCGUCCGUCGCUUGGCUUUUGUACACGCAGAAAAAUUAGUCAUGCGAAGAGCAUACAGGUAAACUCUACUUCCAGUGGCGGUGACGAUGCGUGUCGAUCAGAAAUCCUGGUGGUAGAAUCGCGGCCAGUAACGACUCUGAUGCGGGCGACCAAGCGAUUAUCUACAAUAGAUGCGGGCGCUAUUGGGCUGAGCAAACGGCGUGUGGUGUAAACAUGGCGUCUCAUAAAUACUACAUUUGUUUUGCACCAGUUCCUUUAUUCCGUUGUCGCAGCUGGCGAAGGGCAGAAGAGGGGACUCGGAAAGACAGGCGGAGGAAUAGACAGUCAGCGGAAGGUAACAGAAAUAAUGGGCAGGCGGAGAUCUGCCAGACAAGCAAUCAGGUGAAAACAAGGACAGACAGAAGGAGAGAGCGAGAGAGAAGAGGAAGUGCCAGACAACUGUUUAUUGGCAGUAGAUAUCAGAUGGGCAAUGACGUAGCUGUUAGCUGUCCUCGUAUCACAUUGCCCUUGCAAGUGGCGACUCGUUUAACCAAUAGGACUCGCAGUUGAAAGAGAAAAUACACGUAAAUGAGGCUGUGGAGACGACCUGCUAUAACAUCUAUGUCAAGGAAUCAGGUCGACGGGGAAUUUCGCUGCUGCCUCAGCGGCGGUAAGUUGUGAAACGCGGCCUGGAGAAACAGUCUCAUAGGGAGAGUCUUCGACAAGGACUAAGUAUAUGCGCGGGGUAAGAAAAUUCCAACCGUUGUUUUACAAAUUCCUCAGCGUUUUAACACUCCUGCUUUGCUGGCAGACGUAUUCAUUCCAUCUAACAAUAUGUCGAGUAUUUUUACUACCUGACUGUUUUCCGUUUCGAACGUUUUUUUAAAUGAGUUUUCCUCUUACUAAAGAAUUACGUGAGGGGUGGACAGAAAGCAGCACUGAAUCCUCGGGACAGUACAGGUUGGCGAAUGUCAUCCUGCCGACGAAGGAUCGACCAAAAAUCCUGCCGAAAACACCUGCUUUUAGAAAUAUUGUAGACAGUUCUCCUUAGUUUAUCCUUACCCCGCGCAUAUACUUAACCCUUGCUGAGUCUUGCAUUCUUUUUUUCAUUCCGCGGUAGCGGCUGACCCUUUGUCUAAGUCCUCUCAAAGGCAUUGGUCAUAGUAGUCGUUCUCACGCAGGAUAUUCAUGACUGCCUCAGACCGGGGCUCGAUGUUGACAGACAUCUGACAUUUACAUCGCUUUCUGUUACACGUCAAGUAGAUUUGCGUUUGUGACUAAACUGCAUGAAACUAUUAAGCUUCAUGUACUACGAAGAUCGGGGUUUCCAUCCUAUAGACGAUUAUUCAAAGUAAGUUAUUCAAAAUCUGCAAAAGCACUUACUUAUCAGAAAUCAGUUCAGUGUGUGCUUAGACUGUGAGCCUCUCUCAUUCCUGAAUCAUUUGACUUUCUCUUUUGGUAUUAGUCUGUUCUCAAACCUCGAAUUUCCGCUUCGAGUGGAAAUCCUUUUUAAUAAAGGUUGCAAAUAUGUCUAUUACAUUCAACGUAUACGUUCCUAUCACACAACCUCAGCCCCUAAUUUGAUGAUUUAGUGAUUGAAGCAUUCUUUCUCUCGACCUUCAUCUUUUUUCCUUUAUUUCCCCGCAAUACUUCGAAUAGAAAUGCUUACUUCGAAACGUGCACUCUGAAUGAUCUUUUUUGAAGAUGCCACAAAAAUCAACCACACUGCAAGACCAGUGUCUUGGAAAACCCAGGGAACACACUCGUACAUUCUAGCCCUAACUUGCCACCACCCAACUAAGCAGGAUAUAUGAUAUGAUUCGAUUACUUGGAAACGACAAAGAUACAUGCCGAUAGAGUAGGUUAAACUUGCCUUUCAUUCACCUGAGAGUUAGUAGACGAAAGACCAUCAACAAAACGGGAUCAGAAUUGGUCAGUAGAGAUAAUAAUGUAGAUACUUAUGAGAUGGUGGUCUUAUGUAAUAAACCGGUUUUAAAGACCGACAGCACAACACGAUUCGUCAAAAGUGACUUGUAGUCUUGGAAAGUAUGAAAUUACCUAUCAGGAUGCAGUGGGCAAGGUAUAAUGGAGAAUAAUACAGGAUCUAUGUGGUUAGUUGGACCAGAUGAUCCGUCUGACACAGUCAGUGAGUGAAUUACUUACAUAUCCUCUCUCGCCACCUCCAUCCUUCUUAAGACUAUCUAAUGUUCACUGCUGUCUAGGUUCCGAUCAGGCUUGACGAGGUUUCGUUUUAGUCAAAACUCGCCUUUUACUACUACUACUACUACUACUACUACUACUACUACUACUACUACUACUACUACUACUACUACUACUACUACUACUACUACUACUACUACUACUACUACUACCACUGCUCCCACCCAUCCUUCGCACCACGCUAA